AUGCAUACUCCCUGUCUAUCCUCGACACCGGCUACACUUGAGCCGUCUUGUCGGCCAGAUCAUAUCAGCGUCGCCAGUUCACAUCGCAGGGCAUGGCGAUUCGGCACCAGACCACUUUGCGGAUGUGCGCUUAUGGGCAAUACCGCGCGAGUGCUCAGCAGAAAUGUUCAUGUGCGGGUGUGUUGCUGCCCGUAUGCGAGUGUGCACAGGUCUACCCAUGGAGGCGAACAAGGUGGGCAGAUAGAGAUUAGACGACUGAACAUGAAAGACAUCUGGAACAGAGACUUCGGUUCAGCCUCGAGUCAUGGGACGCCUGAUGUCGUGGUGUGGUGUCCACUCUUGCACGACAUGUCCGCUGGACAAUUUACAAAACAGGCGCAGAGUGGCUUCAUAUUUCCUGAUUGGAGACCGGAGGUUUGUAAGGGGACCCGAGAGCCCAAUUGGACUCGAGGCGUUUGGGGCUGUAGAUUCGGCCACAAAUUGGUUAAUACGACAGAAGGGUUAAUCUUGCUCAGACAUUUGUUAAACUGGGCCUCGCUCCAAGACCACUCCCAACUCCCGAUAGACCUAUUUCGGGCAAAUUGUUUCAACUCGGAUCACUCACUAACCGAGUACUGGCAAGGACAGAUUUCCCUUGGUUGCAGGCUCCAUCCAAAUGGCGACAGCCUAGCCGACCGUACUCUUGAUUCCGACCAUUUCGGCCAUUGUUUGUUACAAGAAUGCUCGUCUGUUAAGUUGCCCGACAAGCCAUGGCACAAUUCGUCCGAGGCCGAGCAGAAGGAGGCUUUCCCGAUGAAUUUCUCACAAUGCAUGUCGAAUGGAAUCCACCGCCUUAUUCUGAUGCAACGACCUAUGCGCCUUCAAAUCACAAGUCAGCUCAACAAGGAUAUUUCAAGAGAUGCCACGAAGACUAAUCACCUUCCGUAUCUACCCAUUCAACUUUAUUUGCUAAUUCGUCCAAAGGAGCAGCGCAUGUCUGGCCUUCUCGCAUGCGAACGGGAGCCCAACGCUUCUGAUGUGUACUCUUGCAGCGGCAGAAACGUCGAGAGGAGGGUGUCCACGCGGAGUUUGAAAUGCGAUCUGUUAACGCAGACUCGGAGCUGCCGGAAGGUUCAAAUGCUCCCGGGCCAUGUGAACAACAGGCGCAAACGCAACCUUGAUAAAGUCAAUCCAUCCAUCACCAUGUCUGCCUGUGCGUGCCGCCACACAAGACGCCGAGACGGCCGGUUUCACUUGCACUGCUUACUUCUGGUCGGGCUUAGCCUGCCAGCGACACCAAGUGCGCAUGCACCGGCGCCCGCGCCUCGGGCGCUGGCCGUGGAAGGCAGCGGUCGAGUGGCGGUCGCCUCCGCUGCGCCACUGCGGCUUCAGAGCCGGCGACAGGCUGCUCCGGACACGAGCCAUUUCGAACGACGCGUGUGUCUGAUUGUGUGCAAGUAG